CAGUCCUAUGCUGGAACCAGAGGCAGGACUUGUGUCCAAAUCGGAGUAGAGGAAAUCAAAGCACCGGGGGACAGGGAGUCAGCGGGCACACAGGCAGGCCGUACCCACAGUUACCUCCAUCGUCUCAAAUCGUUCUCCUCGGUCACAAUGAUCAAGUGCGCGCAGGGGGUGUUGUAUCUCUCGGUUCUGGUGACGUUCGCCGCCUGCAACGCUCCUCCGGUACCGUUAGACGACAUCCUCAUUGAGAAAACCUCCGUGCCAGAGCAGUGUGUGCGCGCGGUCAAAGUGGGAGAUUUUGUCAGGUAUCACUACAUCGGCACGUUUCCAGACGGCAACAAGUUCGACUCCAGUUAUGACCGUGGCAGCACGUACAAUGUCUUUGUUGGCAAGAAGCAGUUGAUUGAAGGGAUGGACAAAGCUCUCGUAGGAAUGUGUGUCAACGAGAGAAGACUGGUGAAGAUCCCACCUCAACUCGCCUACGGAAAACAAGGCUACGGUGACAUCAUCCCUCCUGACUCCAUCCUCCACUUUGACGUCCUGCUCCUCGAUGUGUGGAACCCCGAGGAUGGCGUCCAGACAAACACUUACCACACGCCCUCCGUCUGCUCCAGAAAGGUGGAAGUGUCUGACUACAUCCGCUACCACUAUAACGGCACGCUGCUGGACGGGACCCUCUUUGAUUCCAGUCACACCCGCAUGAGGACCUAUGACACUUACGUCGGGAUCGGCUGGCUGAUCGCCGGUAUGGAUCAGGGUCUUCUGGGAAUGUGUGUUGGAGAGAGGCGCAUCAUCACUAUGCCCCCAUCACUUGGAUAUGGAGAGAAUGGAGAUGGCAGUGACAUCCCAGGACAGGCUUCCCUGGUGUUUGAUGUUGUCCUCUUGGACCUCCACAAUCCCAGAGACGGGAUCACAGUGACUAACCAAGUGGCGCCCGAGUCCUGCACGAGGAAGAGCGUUUCUGGAGACUUUGUGCGUUACCACUACAACGGCAGCCUUCUGGAUGGGACAUUUUUCGAUUCUAGCUACUCUCGUAAUCGUACCUACGACACAUACGUGGGUCGAGGCUACGUGAUCGCCGGCAUGGAUGAGGGCCUGAUCGGAGUCUGCAUUGGGGAGAGACGCACCAUCACCAUCCCCCCGCAUCUCGGUUACGGAGAGGAGGGCACAGGCACAAAGAUCCCAGGCUCAGCAGUGCUGGUGUUCGACGUCCACAUCAUCGACUUCCACAACCCCUCGGAUAACACUGAGAUCACCGCCACUUUCAAGCCAGACGAGUGUGACAGGCAAACUAAGAAGGGAGACUUUGUUAAAUACCACUACAAUGCCUCUCUGAUGGACGGCACAUCCAUCGACUCCACGUAUAAUUAUGGGAAGACAUACAACAUAGUCCUGGGAGCAAACCAGGUGGUCCCGGGGAUGGAGGAUGGACUCAUGGACAUGUGUGUGGGAGAGAGAAGACACCUUGUUAUUCCUCCUCAUCUGGGCUAUGGGGAGAGGGGAGUCACUGGUGAGGUUCCAGGCAGUGCCGUGCUGGUGUUUGACAUCGAGCUGGUUGACAUGGAGGAAGGACUUCCCGAAGGCUACAUGUUCAUCUGGAACGACGAGGUGUCUCCAGACCUCUUCUCUGAGAUGGACAAAAACACCGACAAAGAGGUGGACCCCUCUGAGUUCACUGACUACAUCAUGCGGCAGGUGACCGAGGGUAAAGGUCGCCUGGCUCCUGGCUUUGAUCCUUACCGCAUCAUUGACAACAUGUUCUCCAACCAGGACCGCAACGGUGACGGAAAGAUCACAGAGGCAGAGUUCAAACUUAAAGCCGAUGAGGCUGCUGCCCACGACGAGCUAUGACGUGCUUUAUAGCGCGAGGGUAUAAGGCAAAGGGUCAGAUAGUUGGGGAAAUGGGGACUGAUAGUAAAUUUGUGGGUGGUAGAGUAGCUGCAGAUGGGUUUGUAUGUUUAAAGUGUGGAGGGGGAAAUGGGCUGACAGAGAUUUUGUGGACUUAGAUGAUAGAGUUAAAGGAUGUCUCGUCCAUGAAGUGCCAAUUGAGUCUGAGAAGAAAUAACGAGUAUGUAGGAUUUAGAAAAAAAUCAUGUAAUUUGAGGACUACGAUGGAAAUGAAUGAAUUUUUAACCUCCUUUCUCAUCAAAGGGUAUAAAAGCACUCCUGUGUGAGAGAACAAACAAGUGCCUAGUUCCACUUCAUCUAGAUUAAAAACUCUUAUGACUUUA